AUGGGCGUAGACCCGAACCUGCAGAGCAACUUGGAGACGUUCUUCCUCAUGGACUACCCGACCUACGAGCUGCUGUUUUGCAUCGAGUCCGAGGACGAUCCCGCAAUCGAUGUGGUUAACCGGUUAUGUGAUAAAUAUCCCAGCAUAGAGACCAGCCUGCUCGUCGGUGGUUCGAAUGUUGGCGUCAAUCCAAAGAUUAACAACCUCUACCCGGGCUAUCUGGUGGCCCGCUAUGAGCUGAUAAUGAUUUCGGACGCGGGCAUACGAAUGAAAAGCGACACGCUGACGGAUAUGGUGAACCACAUGACGGAGCAUGUGGGUUUGGUGCAUCAGAUGCCGUUCGUUUGCGACCGGGAGGGAUUCGCGGCUGCCUUCGAGAAGAUCUACUUCGGGACGGUGCAAUCGAGGAUUUAUCUGUGUGCCGAUCUACUGGGCAUCAACUGCCACACCGGAAUGUCGUGCUUGAUGCGCAAGGACGUCUUGGACCAGCUGGGAGGCGUGCAAGCUUUCGGGUGCUAUUUGGCCGAAGAUUUUUUUCUUGCCAAGGCGUUCCACGAAAACGGAUGGAAGUUGACGAUCAGCAGCCAGCCGGCUUGGCAGAAUUCCGGCAUUUGUGAUAUUAGCAGCUUUCAGGCUCGGCUGACCCGAUGGGCCAAGCUGCGUGUGGCAAUGGUGCCGACGACCAUUUUGCUAGAACCAAUGUCGGAGUGUAUCAUCGUUGGCAUAUUUGCGUGUGGUGCGGCCAAAGUGCUCUUUCGUUGGAAUCCGCUAGUGUUUUUCCUCAUCCAUACGCUGGUAUGGUUCCUGUCCGAUUGGGUUCUUCUCUCCAUCAUACAGAAUGGUGCAUUACCGUUCAACAAAUUCACGUUUCUGGUCGGUUGGGCCUUUCGUGAAAUUAGUGGACCGUAUCUGUUUUUCAAUGCACUUUGGAGUCCUGCCAUCAGAUGGCGAACCCGCGUUUACAAGCUGGCCUGGGGCGGAAUCGCGUACGAACUUACUUCUCAAAUCAAAUCGUAAGAUUAGCUGCUCGACGCAAACAAAUUACCACGCUCUGUCUUUCACGUCCCUCAACAUGUUUCACCCAUUUCGCUGCUAUUUAUCGUCCCACUUUUUUAAUUGUUUUCGUUUCGAGCACAAAACACCCCAAGGAACUGUAAGGACUGAAUAAAAGGUUGCCCAUCACAUUUUUCGGCGCUGUUGAUGAAGUCAGUCCCCACGUAUCAUCCGUUGCAAGGAAACUGCGCCCACGUUCAUGUUUUAUAGUUUUAGAAUGUUUUGUUUGGCAUUUGCUUUUUGGUUUUAGUAAUCUAGUGUUAUAUUGGUUAUUUAUAAUGCAAACAAACAAAUGCUCGGUUUACGAACCCAACGUAUUCAACGCCAGGUCUGACGAAGGAUCUAAAUGGUGUACCUUAAAGUUUCCGCUAGCGUUUUUCCCAUUGCACGAACACAUUCGCUUCUUCAUAUGAGCAUUCAAAUAUAGCGGAAAUUGAUUUUUUUGUUGUCGAUUGUCCCAUUGUAAAUAAUAUUUAUAAACCAUGCGAAAACUAUUGAGUAAGUUGAAUCUUCUU